UAAUGACAAACGAUCCGAGUUCGUGAAUAAAUAAGCAGAAACUUAAUAAAAAGGAUUCUCUUAAAUAUGUUGUUAAGACAUUCAAACAAAUAAAAAUGCUGGCACAAAUUAAACUCUUGAAAUGAAAUCAAUAUUAAAAAUAAAUAAGACAAAAAUGUGAGUUAAAAAUCCAGUGACAUGUGAAUGUGUGUGUAAGAAAUGAGUUUAAUAAAGUGGAUACAGUUGGUCUUCGUUCUGGCGACCUGCUGUGCUGAGGAAGGCGAGUGGAGUGAAGACGCAGAGGAUUUAGUGUCAACGGUGGACGUAGACGCGGUAUUGGGUCGUACAGCCGGCCUGCCGUGUGACGUCACGCCUGAUGCUGCCGAGGACCGUGUCUACAUGGUGCUCUGGUUCCGAGCAGGCAAGAUCACUGGGGGAAAACCUAUAUACAGUUUCGACGUUCGCGGUCGUUCGUUCGACAAGGCGUUGCAAUGGUCUGACCCGAACGUGUUUGGACCACGAGCUUACUUCGUGACCGUGGCUCGGCCGGCUGUUCUCACGCUAGACACGGUACAACUUGACGACGAAGGAAUCUACAGAUGUCGGGUCGACUUCAAGAACUCACCAACCCGGAACUUUCAAAUAAGAUUAACUGUUAUUGUGCCCCCACAUCAGCUCAUUUUGUACGACAAGUCAGGCAGAGACGUGUCAGGUGUUGUCGGACCAUUGGAGGAAGGAAAUGAAUUAGUAUUGAUCUGUGAGGUUAGAGGAGUAAAACCAACUAUGGUUGAUAUUCUAAAUAAACCAACAACAUUAUCGUCUGAGAAAUACGUCAGUCUCCUAUGUGUGUCUGAAGGAAGUCGACCUCCCGCUCAGCUAACUUGGUACAAGAACAAUAGAAAAUUUAAAAGGGGAAAGGUGAUAGAAGCUGCUAAUGAGACGUGGGUAAGCAGUAACCUACAGUUCAUGCCGAUGCCAGAAGACGAUGGUCUCUAUUUAAAAUGUCAAGCUGACAAUAGCGCCAUGCCUGGAAAAAGUAUUGAUGAUGCGUUUAAAUUGGAUGUUGUAUACCCACCCGUGGUAUCAUUAUCACUGGGCAGCACACUGAACCCGCACGACAUCAAAGAGGGCGACGACGUGUACUUCGAGUGUUCAGUGCGCGCCAACCCGAGGGAACAUCGUAUCACGUGGUAUCAUAAUGAUAAAGCAGUAUUACACAACGUGAUAGCGGGCGUCAUAGUGAGCACGAAGUCUCUGGCACUACAGAAGGUGAGCCGAGACCACGGCGGAGACUACUCGUGCCGUGCGACCAACGCGCUCGGUGAAACUGCCAGCCAGACUACACAUCUAAGUAUACAGUAUGCCCCGGUAUGCACUCUCUCGUCACCACAAGUGCUCGGCGCACAGUUGGACGAAACUCUCCGAGUUCGUUGCUCAGUCAAAGCGAACCCACCCGACGUUACCUUCUUCUGGCAGUUUAAUAAUAGCGGAGAAAGCCUAGAUGUGGCACCAGCUAAAUUUGGAAUAACAAAUGGGAGCACAAGCGAGUUAAGUUACAAGCCGCAGAGCGAACGUGACUACGGUACGCUCAGUUGUCGCGGCAGCAACUCCGUCGGUCGGCAACUCGAGCCCUGCGUGUUCCAGAUCGUACCUGCCACGCGACCGUCUCCACCGCGCAACUGCUCUUUAAAAACCAGUAACAGCACGGAAGGAGACAGCAAUCUUCUGCAGGUGUACUGCGUGGCAGGCUACGACGGUGGUCUGCCGCAGUCCUUUGUAUUGGAAGCAUUAGACCCUGUUACUGGGAAGACUCGAUAUACUGAAUCUGUCGCAGAGUCGGAUGGUUUGGCUUCAUUUUGGUUAGACGUAACACAUGUAUCUACAGGAAUUGAUAACGAUGGAGCGACUUUUAAUCUUCUUAUCUAUGCCAAAAAUUUGAAAGGUGAAUCGGAACGAACACUUUUAGAAAAUAUUGCAUUCAAUGACGCAGCUAAACAUACAGAUGGAAAAGGUACUAUGGGUAAUAUAACCAUGGGUGUCGUAGUCGCAGCAGCUUUGGGAGCGACUCUUGCAAUCGGUAGUAUAGCGUUGGGGGCCGUUUGUUCCCGUCGACGUCGGUCACACCCCCCACAUAAGCAUCCUCCGGGAGACAUGCUGGAACUGAGUGAUGGAGGUCGAAGAUACGUUGUCGCUUACACUAUAAAACCAUCAGAAGCCAAGACACCAGAUCCGCAGCCAGAUAUUUUGAAUGCUCCUGAUGUUGAAAAUCAGUCGUCGCCACAAAAAGUGCUAGAAGCUGAUGAAUGGCCUACCAUAAAGGAAGUUCGAAGUGAUUGGGAAAAUUCAGGGCCAGUGUUUUCAGCAGAUGAUUUAGCUAUGCUUGAUUCUACAAUACAAAAACAGCUAACACCAAAUAACGAAUUAGUGACAAGUAAUAGACAAGAAGAUGUAAUUAAUCAAAAUUUAUCAAUGGAAUUUUCUAAUAAUUAUAGGCCUAGUUUCAUAGCUACUAAUAGUCCGACAUUAGGUAGCCCUAAUUUUGUAUGUCCUAAUGGUAAUGGGAGUCCAACAUUUGAAAACCAUCCAACUAUAAGUAUAACUGGACCUUCCUUAAGUUCAGGAAGUUUAACUUCAACUUUACAAAGAAAUAAAGGUAAAACUAUCCCACGGAGAAGAGAACAUGUGUUGGCAGAAAAUUUACCAGGACCCGAAAGUUGUGUGUAAAUUGAACUUUUUCUAAAAUCAGUGCCAGUAAACAUUUAUUUUUAUAAUAUUCUAUGUCUAUA